AUGUCUGACAUGGAACUGACCGACGAAGAGGGGGGAUGCCUGGAAGAGGUAAGGGCGGGUGCACCGGCGGCGGGGGUCCCAGAGGGGGACACCGUCGCCAAGGUACAAAAGAGGAAGAGGGUGGACGGUCCAGAGGAGGAAGGCAUUUCUGAAUGCUCCUCCUUUGGUAUUUCAUCCUUUCCUCAAAAGGCAAGGAAUAUUGGUAGGGACCUGGACGCGCUCCUUCUGGCAGAGAAGGAGAAGCGAAAGAUUUCGGCGGCCGCUCUGCGGACAAUCUUGGAGAUCAGGGAAAGGUAUGAGGCCUUGCUCGAUGAGGCCUAUAGGCAGAACACGGUUCUGCAAGGUAGGGUCGAGGAGGCGAGGCGGUCUCAGUCGAGACCUGAGGUGCGCGAGGUUGUGGUGGAGAGGACGGUUGCGCCAUCUCCGCCCAAGAAGAAGAAGAAGGUCGAGGACAAGGCCAAGGCCAAGUCUGCGGCUGCUAAGGAGAAGGUGAAGGGAAAGGUAAAGGAGCAGCCGUUUGUGGAGGUUGUGAGCAGGAAGAGCAAAAGGAAAAAGAAGAAGAAGAAGAAGAAUGAGGAGAAGCCCAAGGAGCAGCCGAGAGUGGCCAUCACCACCUCCAAGAAGGUGGCUAAGGCCAUCGAGAGGGAGAAGGCGAGGGCUCCGGCCCGCGCCUUCGUCGUCUCGGUGGGGGCUGCUGGGGCCAGUGAGGCCAAGAAACAGCUCUGGGCCGAUCUGGUCAAGGGGGUGGCGGUGCCCAAGCUUGGCGGCUCUGCGAAGCUCCCGAGAGGAGAUCUGGUGGUUAGGCCGGCUGACGAGGCCACGUAUGCGGCCUUGAAGGCCAUGGAAAAAGACGGUAAGGGUGUGAGAGAGGAGAGUGCGAGAUGGCCGACCGUACUAGUGUAUGACGUGGAUAGGGAAAUUCCUAAGGAGAAGCUCGCGGGCCAGAUCGUGGAUCAGAACCCGGAGCUUGGUCUGGACAAGGAGGCCGUGGUCCCCCUCUUCAUGAAGGGGCCCAAGACGGACGAGCUUGUUUGGUGGGUCUGCUCGGUUAGACCAAGCGCCUUCAAGACUCUGGUAGGAAAGAGUCUUUUCAUCGGGUUGGCCAAGUGCAAGGUCAAGGAGUACGUUGACGUAGUCAGGUGCUUCAAGUGCCAGCAUUUCGGUCACAGGGCUCUGAAGUGUGUGCAGACGGUGGACACUUGCGGGCGCUGCGCGGUCAAGGGCCAUAGGGCCAAGGACUGCAAGAGCGUGCCGGUCAAGUGCGCCAACUGUGGCCUGGCUGCUCAGUCGGGGCACAGCGGUUGUGUGGCUCUUCACAAGGCGACCAUCACGGUUGCCCGUAUGGACAGAUUUCGGCUCAAAAUGAUCUCUUCGACCUACUGUGUAGUCCAACUGAACAUGAACGGGAAUCAUCUCGUCUCAGAUCAGAUACUGGACUACAGCAGGGCUAACGGGGUUGAGGUGCUUCUGCUUCAGGAAGUGCUGACCUCGGGAGACAAGUUGCUAGGUUUUGACUACCGCGCCACGAAAGUGGUUCUCAGCAGUAGGGACGGUAGUGCAGGGGCUGCCAUAGUUGUCCUAAAUCAGGACAUCGAGGUGGUAGCCCUGCAGGGGCUCAGCGAUAGGUUCUGCGCCGUGGCCAGUCUCAGGAAGAGACAUGGACAGGCGGUCGUGUUCGUGUCAGCUUACUUCAAGUACAGCAUCCCGACACGCAUCUUUACGGACAGGCUAGGUGAUAUUCUUGAUAGGGUCAACCAAGACGUCGUGAUAGGGGCCGACGUGAACGCGCACUCGCCGCAAUGGUUCAGUCGGCCGGGCAACAACUCGGGUUCAGCCCGGGGGACCCACGUCGAAUCCCUGAUCGCGGCGAAACACUUGACGGUGCACAACCAGCCUGGCCACCUCGACACGUACGAGAGGCCGGGUAUGGGGGCAUCGAACAUAGAUGUUACGCUGACGAGAGGGGGUUCACUGACGAACUCAGUCUCUGAAUGGGAAGUGCUCGAUGUCACCGACAGCGACCACAGGACCAUCAGAUUCAAGAUCCGCGUCGGAUCAGGGUCGGAGGGACCCGCGGUAGGGAAAAGUCGAUUCAAUGUUAGGAAAGCCGACUGGGAUAGGUUUAGGCCGCGCGAAAGUUCGACUUUCAGUGCCGAAGUUAGGCUCAAAAAGUUCGCGAGCGAACAGAAGGUCACAGAAUCGAGGUACGACAUCGCGGUUUGGACAGUCGAAUAG